UACGAAAAAAUUAAUGACAAUAUCGAAACAUUCAAUGGAUUACCUACAGAUAAAAAAGAACAAGCACAAAAAUAUGUGCGAUUUUGUAUUCGUGGAAAAAAAGGAAGAACAGUUCCUGUAAUACUAGACGAACUGAAUUUGAAAUGUUUACGAACAUUUUUACAGUUCAGACAUGAAGCUAAAGUACAUCCAUCAAAUCCUUACUUAUUUGGUAUUCCAGGACAUGACAAAGCUAUUGAAAAAUAUUUAUGUGCAUAUAAAGUUUUGAAGCGUUUUGCUAAAGAGAGCGGAAGCGAAUUUCCUGAAACAAUAAGUAGUACCAAACUUAGAAAACAUAUAGCCACUAUGGGAAUUACGCUUAAUUUAACAGACAACCAGAUUACAGAUUUGGCCAAUUUCAUGGGCCAUCAUGAAAAAAUACACAAAGAAGUGUACAGAAAUCCUGUAAUAGUUAAGGACAUUACAGAAAUCUCACAACUUUUAGAAGCUGCACAAGGUGUAAGAGAUGAAGCAAACAAUUUAAUUGAUGAAACUGACAGUGAGGACGCAAGCGAGACUGAAAAUAGUACAGAUAUGACGGAAAAUGAUGACACCUUUCCAGAAGUUAACUUGCAACAAUCAAAUGACAGCUCAUCAUCUUUCUCAACAUAUAAGGAACGUACAAAGACUGAAUUAAAAGCAAUACGGAAAAAAACUCGCAAAUCAAAAGAUGAACCUAUUAAACGAACAGCUUGGACAGAAGAUGAAAAAAGAAUUAUACUAGAAACAUUUAAAACAUCAUUACAAACAGAUACAACAAUAACUGGAAAAGAAAUGCAAAAUCUCAUAUCUAUCACUCCUUGUCUGGCUCAACGAACAGUUCCACAAAUGAGAGCAUGGAUAUAUUCGCAAAAAAAAAAAUUUUAAUAAGUUUGAAAAUUAUUUACUACAAAAAUUGUCAUACUACUUUUUCA